AUGAGCUUCUUCAGUUCGCUACAGCAAUACGUGACGAGUGGGGUCGCCGGGCUCGGGUUAAACCCAAGAAGGUUUUCCCUAUCGCGCCAGGAAUCGACCGAAGGUUCUUCCGGGCCCUCCGGUGGCCACUCGUCUUCGUCGUCCUCUGUCACCUCGCCGUACAGUAUGGGUGGACCGGGAGGUGGUGGUGUAUCGGGUGGCAUGGGCCACAGUCCUGGCCCUAGCCCGGGGGGCCCCGGAAGCAGCAGCCAAGGCAUGUGUGGUCUCGCUUUAAGCAGCAAUAUCACAACGGGUGGUGGAGGUGCAGGAUCAACCGGUCAGGGAGUGAGUGGUGGCACAUCGACAGCAGCAGGAACAUCGCUCGGCUAUGGCAAGGUGGCUACACCAUCCACCCUCGCCGCACCCGGCACUCCGCCUAUCCGGCGCCAAUCAUCCGGCCGUGGUCUCGAUGCACUCGUACCACCAAACCGCCAGGGUUCGUUCCGUGGCCGCAGCUCGCCCAUCAACCCCAACCCGCCGGACAAACCGUCGUUUUCCGUGUGGAAACGACGCCCGUCGUGGCCCGAGGUGGAAAUUAAAUCGUCGUCCGGUGUGCAGGAAAAUGACGGUUCCUACUUCGAAAGUUUCACCGCCCUGUCAUGGAAAAGCGAAAACCGACGGCUGUCCGCAGUACGGGCGGUGGAAACGAGGGCCGAAAUACUGCCGGAAAAUGACAACGAUCGUCUGCUGGAGGAUGACAUCGAGCGGUCGGAACAGAAGGAGCAUCUCUACCUGGACGUGCUGUACGCGAUUGCAAACACGGUCGGAGCGCCGGCACCUGGUGGACAGUUUGCGCACUACAAAGAGGAGAUGUACCUUCAGGCACAGCGCGUGUUCAACGUGUCGGCCGACCGGCACUACCGGCUGCUGCAUGCCGCCACCGAGGAAAAGCCCAAAAUCAUCGUGCUUACCGUGAUCGUACAGGAAGCGGAAGGGCUCGAGGCAAAGGAUGCCAACGGUUUCAGUGAUCCCUAUUGUAUGCUCGGUAUACAGCCCUCCGGAACACCGCCGCCUCCGUCGCCCCAACCGCCGAUGACACCGCGCACCCUUUCCGACACCGGCAUGGACAGUCUCGAUUCGCCCGAGCAUGGGAAACUGCGCAAACAUCACAGCUUUCGGUUGAGCUUCAAGCGCAAGGAUGGUCGCCAGCAGCGGGACUCGGUCGGUCCGGUGCCGGCCAAAUUCAUCCGAGCGACCUCCGUCAAACCGCACACGCUGUGUCCGAAGUGGAAUGAAAAGUUUAAAUUUGACAUCGACGAUAUACAUUCGGAUCAGCUACAUCUGGACAUUUGGGACCACGACGACGAAAGCAGCGUGCUAGACGCUGUAUCGCGACUGAACGAAGUGAGGGGCGUUAGGGGUUUAGGUAGAUUUUUCAAACAGGUGUGCCAGUCCGCCCGUCAAGGCUCGCAGGACGACUUCCUCGGUAGCAUCAAUAUCCCAGUCUGUGAUAUUCCUUCAACUGGCUUGGAGGGUUGGUUCAAGCUGGAGGCACGCAGCUCACGCAGCUCCGUGCAGGGUCGCAUACGGUUGAAGAUGUGGCUAUCGACGCGGGAAGACCGCGGUACGUCCGAGGAGGACAACACGCUCGAGGUGAAAAAGUUCGAACGACUGCAGACAAUCUUCAUGAUGCACGAGCUGAACGCCUUCGAUCCGGCCUGGAAGUGGAACGGCGAGCUGGCCGGACCGUCGCUAACCAUCCUUCACCAGAUGGCUGUGCAAAGUGAUCUAUCGGAUCUACAAAUUUCUUUAGCAAAAUUGGUAGCUAUCAUAAGAAUCAAUCGCAAAAAGCCACUAGACACAAAGUUCGUCCACCGGCAACUGAUCGAGAUGGACAAGCUGUGGGUGAACAACUACAACAACGAACCCUUGACGCGGGAACUGGAGCAAUGGUUGGCCGAUUCGUUGAACGGUUUCGUCGAACGAUCGCUCUGCCAGAUGAGGCGACAUCGGGAAAUCUUCCCCGCACUGCAUCCGCCAUCGCUUGUCCGGUUAGAGUAUCUGCUCCGUUGCCUCGGGCUGCUCGGUUCGAUGAGAGCCUUCCGACAAGUAAGCCCCUUCAGCAAAGGGGUACGGGGCGAAAUCGUUGGUGCACUGCGGAAGGGUUCCAUAACCUGGUCACAGGCGCAACUGCGUGAAUCGCAACGAUCGCCCAACCCGUUGGUGCACUAUACGACGAUUCUGAUAGCGGACUUGCAGCUGGGAAUUACCUACUACCAUGGACUUUUCGAUUCGACCAAUGGCAUCCAGUAUUUUAGCAUCGUUUACAAACAGUUUGAUUCAUUGCUCGCUGAGGAAGUCACCAACCGGAUCGAGUGUGGGCAGCUACCCGGUACGAUAGUUAAUCACUGGACGAUUCUAGACCACGACCGAGAACCCGAUACCGCACCGUUCGAGAUCUACUUCGCGCUGCAGGAGUUCCACAACAUGAAGUCACACCUCUCCGUAACGCCACAGCCCCCAGAGAAACCGCUCGGACUGCAGAACUUCCACGAAUGGUUCGAACCCGCCGUACAGCGAUGGAUUUCCGUCAGCAAAACGAAGGCAAUACAACGCAUCAAGGCGGCCGUUAGCGUCGAUCAGGUGUGCGAAGGGGAACGCAUCGUAAGGCACAGCACAUCGUCCAUCGACACGGCGUCUUGCUUCUACCAGAUACGCGAGUUCUGGAAAAAUCUCGCCUGGCCCGACCACAGUUCCGGGGCACAUUACGAAACGCUCAUCAUUGAUCUGGUCUGCACCACGGCCAACGUUUACUCGGAUCUGAUUCACCAAGGGCUUGCCGAUGGUGGGACGGGAUAUUAUGACAAGCAGGCGCAACAGCAGCCCCGCUCAACGGACGAACUGUGCGUGAUCGUCAACAAUCUGGAGUAUGUGCGCCGGGGACUCGCGGAAUUUCAUCCCGAAACGCAUCAGCUGCCGGAGAACGCAGAAACCCUGCUGGAUAAUACGAUCGCCCAGCUGGAGGCCAAGGCGGACCGAGUGCUCACCAAACUGACCGCCUCAAUGCAGGGUCCGCUCCAGAAAUCCGUAUUCCAUCUCGCAUGGUCGCCGGAUUCGUUGCCGGCAAAUCAAGCCGUAAUGCCGCUGUUAGAGUAUCUCGAUUCCCAUCUGGCGACGCUCAACGUAACGCUGCUCUCGCAAAACUUCUACCGUGCCAUGACGCUCAUCUGGAACAGCGUACUGACGGAAUUCGCCAAACAGAUGGAUGCGGGUGGCGAAGGGGAGAAGCCAACCAACUUCCACGACCGCAUGUACGGGGCGCUUCAGCUGCUCGGCGAGUUCUUCAACGCCGAGGGUCUUGGUUUGCCGCCGGAGCUACUGCACAGUGACACAUUCUGGCGGGUGGAACAACGCCUGCAGUACCACAAAACCGACACGGAUCAUCUGAUCGAUCUGUUCUACAUGCAGCGACUGCAGGAGCAGCUUAACACGAUCGGCCAAACGCCGCUCGGGUCACUGUCGGUAAAGGCGUACCUUAACCACGAUUCACUGUGUGUGGAAAUUCUACACGCCAAAGAUGUGAUUCCGCUCGAUCCCAAUGGUUUCAGCGAUCCGUUCGUGAUCAUCGAACUGUUGCCCCGGAGGGUGUUUUCGCACUGCUCCGAACAGCAGACCAACGUUCAUAAGAAAACGCUCAAUCCAGUGUUUGACGAGUGUUUCGAGUUUUCCGUCACCCAGGAACAGUGCCAGGUGGAGUCGGCCAUGAUCGUAUUCACCGUAAUGGAUCACGACGUACUAACGGCAAACGAUUUCGCGGGCGAAGCAUUCCUGGCGCUCAACAACAUCCCGGGUGUGGCCACUAACUUUAACAUCGACAACUUUAACGGUCUGGCACAGAUCGAUCUACCGCUGCUGGAAAUGAAAGAUAAAAGUCAUCCAAUACUGCAAAUUCUUGAAGGACGAGUUAACGACAAAAAUGCAAUGGAUUUUCUACGCAAGCAGAAGGCUCGUGUUGUGGGUUAA